CAAGCUUUACACGUUUUUAAAAAAAAAUAUAUACACAAAAGUCAGACGUUUAUAUAUACUUUACACCAUUUACACAAAGAAAGCUUUUACACUAGAGAACUCGAAAAUUUUAAACGUUAUUUGUUAAAGCCAACGAAAAUUGAGAACAUUGAGAAUUCCCACGUUAUUAUGAUGUAUACGCGUUUUUUAAGAUUUUCCAAAUUGUUAGCGGUUUUUGCCAUCGUUUUGUGUUGAGUAUUUGUAAAUUCAGUUUCGGUUCCGUACACAUUUUGUACAAAAACGGUACGCUCCGUUGCCAACACCACAAACGUGCCUCAGCUCGUCGAGCAGUUGCCCCGCAGGAUCCGCAGGACUCGCAGGAGUCGCAGGACUCACCUGACCCAGCGCUGCCGUCGCAGUCAACGAUUUUUAAAAUCCCCUUUCGACACCCCGUAAUGCCUUUCGAUGACAACGUCAACCGAUCGAUCGCAAAGAUCUUGUUAAACACCAAAAAACACACCCAACACCACACACAAAGAAACACACUACGCCCGAGCGUGCCUUUAUAAGCGUUUAGACCUAAAACCGUAACCGUAAGCUUUGUGCCUUAACGUUUUUCGAUCGUCAACCCACGAACAAACUUAUUAACAUCUACGAAAGAACAUCGUUGUAAACAAGAUCCCACGAUGAGUUUUACAAAGUGUUUGAAAAUGCCUUUUUCAUUUUCCACAUCCUUGGAAGUUUACCCAAGGAAACGACGACGAGGCGGAGGAGAGAGGAGUAGAGAAAAAGGAGCAGAGAGAGUCGAAGUGAAGCAGCAAAGACGACGCCAGGAUGUCCACGCUAUCGCUGCGCAUCCAGCUGGAGGGUGGUCGGGUGACCAAGACCAUACAGUUCCAGCCCAACACCACAGUCUUCGAUGCCUGCAAGGUCAUCCGCGAUAAGUUCGCCGAGGCAGUGCAAGGACAACCUAGCGAAUAUGGCCUGUUCAUUUCGGACGAGCAGAACCAGCAGGGCGUUUGGUUGGAAGCCGGACGCACCCUGGGCUACUACAUUCUGCACAACCAGGACACGCUGGAGUACCGCCGCAAGCUACGCACCCUGCGUGUUCGCAUGCUGGACGGAGCUGUGAAAACCAUUUUGGUCGACGACUCCCAGCCGGUGUCGCAGCUCAUGGUGGUAAUCUGCACCAAGAUCGGCAUCACCAAUCACGAGGAAUACGGAUUGGUGCGCGAGGACAACGAGGCGCAGAACGAGAAUCUGCCGGACAACAAGUUUGGCACCUUGACCCUAAAGCGCAAGAUUAUGGAGAAGGAUCGCGAUGCCAAAAUGGAGAGUUUGCGCAAGAAACUGAAGACGGAUGAUGAGAUGAACUGGGUGGAUGUGAGUCGCACCUUGAGGGAGCAGGGCAUUGACGAGGCAGAGACUGUUUUGCUGCGCCGUCGCUUCUUCUUCUCGGACCAGAACAUCGAUUCCCGAGACCCCGUGCAAUUGAAUUUGCUGUAUGUGCAGGCCAGGGACGCCAUUCUGGAUGGCACGCAUCCUGUGACCCACGAUAAAGCUUGCGAGUUCGCUGGUAUCCAAGUGCAUAUUCAAUUCGGACCGCAUAAUGAGGCCAAGCACAAGCCCGGAUUUCUAGAUUUGAAGGACUUUCUGCCCCAGUCCUAUGUGCGCGUCAAGGGCAUUGAGAAGAAAGUCUUUGCGGAGCACCGCAAGCACUCGGAACUUUCCGAAAUCAACGCCAAAGUUCUGUACACCAAGACCGCCCGGGAGUUGCCCACCUACGGCGUUACCUUCUUUCUGGUCAAGGAGAAGAUGAAUGGCAAGAACAAGCUGGUGCCCCGUCUGUUGGGCGUGACUAAGGACUCGGUGCUGCGUCUGGACGAGCGCACCAAAGAGAUUCUCAUCUCGUGGCCAUUGACCACAGUGCGACGUUGGGGCGCCUCGCCAAACACCUUCACCCUGGACUUUGGCGACUACGCCAAUCAGUACUACUCGGUGCAGACGACGGAGGCCGAGCAGAUUGUCCAGCUCAUUGCUGGCUAUAUUGACAUUAUCCUGAAGAAGAAACAGACCAAGGACCACUUUGGAAUCGAGGGCGAUGAGGGUUCCACCAUGGUGGAGGAGUCAGUGGCACCUUCCAAGGCCACCUUCUUGCAACACGAAACUAAUCGCAUGGAACAACUAAAUGUGGAGAGCUUGGCUCAUCCGGGCAUAAUGCGCCCCUAUGAUGGCGAGCGCUCUUUUAUGCAGAACGAAGUGCAGACCGUGCAGUAUGGUGCCUUCGUCGGCCAGGUGAACCAUGCCCACCAGCCGCCCUCGACUAAGGAAGUUCGCAUUAGUUCUGUGAAUCUGACGGAGCCACAGCGAGCGCUGCUGGGCUACAUAUCCGCUGGCCAGGAUGUCUUGAUUCGCGCUGACGAAGAGCUGCGCACCAAGGCACCCAUUCAGGAGCUGGGCAGCGAUCUGCGUUCCAUUGAGUGGCGCGAGAAUACUUUGGACACUUCGAAGCAGGCGGUGAGCAGUCAUGUGGCCGCUAUGAGCGCUGCCACGGCCCAGAUCAUCACCGCCUCGCAUCCGGAUGAAGUGGAUACGGAGGCCAUUUCGGCGUCUGUCUCCCAGAUUGCCCAAACCAUUCCGGAGGUUACCAAGGAGGUGCGCCUGAUUGCCGCCCUGAUGGAGAACGAUACGAAUGGGGACCAACUGCUGGAGGCUGCCCGCAAACUGUGCAACGCCUUCAGUGAUCUCCUCAAGGCAGCCGAGCCGGAGAGCAAGGAGCCGCCGCAGCACCUGAUCAAUGCGGCCAACCGAGUGGGCGAGGCCACCACCCAAGUGCUGAGCACCAUUGCCGAGGAGGAGGUGCCCGAGAACCGUGACCUCCACGACAUGCUUCUGGCGCUGGCCAAGGCGGUGGCCAAUACCACCGCCGCCCUUGUGCUGCGCGCCAAGAACAUUGCCGCCAACUGCGAGGACGAGCAGGCCAGGAACCGGGUGAUUGGCGCCGCCAGUCAAUGUGCCCUGGCCACCAGCCAAUUGGUGGCCUGUGCCAAGGUCGUCGCCCCCACGCUGCACAAUGCCGCUUGUCGGGAGCAACUGGAGGCGGCCGCCAGGAACGUGGCCCGAGCCGUCAACUCGCUGUGCGAAGUGUGCAACGAGGCCAGCAACGAUCCCAAGCUGAAGGCCGAUCUGCUGGCCGCCGCCCGAGAUGUGUCCAAGAGUCUCACCGACAUGCUGGAGCACGUGAAGCUGAGCACCAGGGAGCACGCCAAUCGCACCAGCACCGAGCUGAGUCCCGUGGAGAACGUGAUCAUCGGCACGGACAUUCUGGUGUCCACCCACGAUCCGCAGGAAAUGGUGCGGCAUGCCCGCACCCUGGGCCAGACCACCGCCCAGCUGAUCCAGAGCAUCAAGGGCGAGGCGGACCAGCAGCAGGAUGCGGACAUGAAGCGGCAUCUGCUGUCCGCCGCCAAGCAGCUGGCCGAUGCCACCGCCAAGCUGGUGGAGGCCGCCCGACUCUGCUCCACGAAUCCCCAGAGCUCGGACAACCAGAACGCUUUGCGUAAAGCGGCGGAGGAGCUGCGCGAGAUCACCACCACGGCGGCCAAUACGCCGGCCAUGAAGCGUGGUCUCAUCCAGCGCCUGGAGUUCUGCUCCAAGCAGGCGGCCUCAGCGGCCACCCAGUGCAUCUCGGCGGCCCAGAAUGCGGUGCAGCACAGCCAGGACCAUCAGACCAAGGAGACGCUGCUGCAGGACUGCAAGCGGGUGGCGGACACCAUUCCGCGACUGGUCACCUCGCUGAAGACCACUCGUGCCCAGCCCGACGAUCCGAAUGCCCAGCUGAAUCUCAUCGAGGCGGCCGAACAGUUCGUGGAGCCGGCCCUGCAGGUGUCCAAAUCUUCGAGAGCCCUGCAGCCCACGGUCACCGACAUACCAUCGGCCACCCAGCUGUCCAAGGGUGCCCUGCACUUGGGACAGUGUGUCUCCGAGCUGCACUCGGUGGCCCAGCGGGCACGCGAUGCCUGUGGCGGCCAGGAACUGGAGUCGGCCCUGGAGGAGGUGCGCAAGCUGCACGACGUGCUGGACGACACUCGCCAGGCGGCUGUGGCCGGCCAACUGCGUCCGCUGCCGGGACAGAGCGUGGAGAGCACGGCCGAUGAGCUGCGCAAGUCGGCCAAGAAUGUUGGCAUCGCACUGAGCCAGCUGCUGUCCUCGGUGCUGCACAACCAGCGCAGCUAUGCCGGAGCCGCGGGCCGGGACACUGCCCUGGCCCUGGGCGACUUCACCAGGAGCGUGCACGGAGUGGCGGCCACCACCCAGAAUCCGGCCAUUAUCGAUUGUGCGGAUGAUGUGGUCACCAGCUCGGCGCGACUCAUCGAACAGGCGCAGCGCACGCUGCAGGGAGUGUCCAAUCCGGAGGCUUUAACCCAAGCCGGCAGGGAGGUGACCGGAGCCCUGUCCGCCACCGUGGACUGCAUUCCCGGACAGCGUGAGGUGGAUGUGGCUCUGAGAAACGUCAGCGAUCUAAGUGAGAUCCUGUCGAUGAGCGAGUUCCCGCCCUCGGGACGUCCGUAUGCCACGCUGCAGUCGGAGCUGAAGCAAGUGGCGGAGCAGCUGAGCAGCUCGGGUGGCCAAAUAGUGGUGUCGUACGCCUCGCCAGCUCUGCUGGCCGAGAGCAGCCAGAACUUUGCGGCCAACUACCGGGACCUGCUGUCCGUCAGCAUGGAGAUGGCCGGCCAGACGCACGAGGAGGAGGUGCGCUCCCAGAUGAUCGAGUCGCUGCGCCAUGUGUCCACCCAGUCGUGUUCCCUGCUCUCGACGGCCAAGUCGAUUGCCGCCGAUCCCGGCCAGCCGAAUGCCAAGAAUCUGUUGCAUGCCGCUGCGCGCGGCGUCACCGAGAGCAUCAAUCAGUUGGUGGAUGCCAGCAUCCAGUCCGCUCCCGGGCAAAAGGAGUGCGACAAUGCCAUGCGCAACAUUGAAGCCCUGCGCCUCAUGCUCGACUAUCCGCACGAGCCGAUCAACGAGCUGGGCUACUUCGAUUGCGUGGAGCAGGCCACUGGGAAGUCGCGCAACCUGGGCUACGCCAUCUCCGAAAUGAUCAACAAUGCCAAGCAGUCGCAGCACGUGGAGUUCAGCCAGUCGGUGAACAACGUGAACGACUCCAUCCAGGGCCUGAUCGAGAGCUCUUCGCAGGCGGCCUACCUGAUUGGCGUCUCGCAUCCGUCGAGUGUGGCCGGCCGGCCGGGAAUCAUUGACCAGGCCCAGCUAACUUGGGCCUACCAGGGCAUCCGGCAGCACUGCGACAUUGUGAGCAGCCAGCAGUCGACCAAGCCGCAGAUGAUCUCGGCCCUCACCGUGAUUGCCAAGCACACCAGCUAUCUGUGCUCCAUUUGCCGCCAGGCCUCGAUGAACACCUCGAAUCCGGUGGCCAAGAACGAGUUCAUUGUGCUGGCCAAGCAGGUGGCCACGGCCACCUCGGACCUGGUGCAGGCCAUCAAGGCCAUCGAAGAGCAGCCGGCCAGCGGCAGUCGCGACCGUCUGGUCGAUCCCCUCCUGGAGGCCGUGAAGGCGGUGCGCCAGUAUGCCUCCAGUCCGGAGUUCAGUUCGGUGCCGGCCAAGAUAUCGGCGGAGGGCAGGAAGGCCCAGGAGCCGGUCAUCCAGGCGGGACGCGGUGUAAUCGACGGCGUCGUGGAAAUGGUCAAGGCGGCCAAGUCGCUGGCCCUGUCGCCCGACAAUCCGCCCGUGUGGCAGCAGCUCUCGAUGCACUCCACGCCGGUUUCGGAGUCGGUGAAGCGACUGGUGGACAACAUUCGCGACAAGGCGCCCGGACAGGCCCAGUGCGAGCAGGUGCUGCACACACUGGGCACCUGCACCCGCGAGCUGGACAGCUGUGCGCUGGCCGUCAAUGCCCAGGGUCUCAGCCAGCGGCGGGAUAACAAUCUGCACGGAUUCAGUGGGCAGACAAUGAACUCUGCCUCCGAGCUGGUGGAUAAACUGGAACCCAUUCGGGUGGCCGGCAAGAACAAUGCCGAGCAGCUGGGUCACGCCGUGGGCGAAAUCUCGCGCUAUGUGGUGCCCAUGGUGAACGGAGCGAUUGGAGCCUGCACCCACAUUGUGCACAGCCAGCAGCAGAUGUCGCUCAUCCAGCAGACACGCUCGGUGGUGGAGAGUGCCAUCACGCUGGUGCAGUCGGCCAAAGACUCGGCUGGCAAUCCGCGAGCCACUCAGGCCCAUCCGCGACUGGACGAGGCCAUCGAUGGCACCAGGGAGGCCAUCCAGGAGCUGCAGCAGACCGUGGAGAAGAUCAGCGCCGAGACGGGCAUCGUGACGGGACUGAUGGACCAGAUCAACCGGUCCAUCACCCGGCUGACGGACAAGCGGCAAUCCCUGCUGAACGCCUCCUACUCGGACACCUUCGUGGACUACCAGACGCGCAUGGUGGCGCGGGCCAAGGAGAUCGCCAGUUUGGCCAACGAGAUGAACGCGAAGAGCAGCGUGGAGCCGGCCGCUUUGCCCCAACUUGCCGUGGACAUGACACAGCACUAUCAGCAGCUGACCCAGGACUCGGUGGGUGCGAGCACCACCACCUCAUCACCGGACGUGGCCAUGCGCAUCCGCACCACGGUCAUCGACCUGGGCCGCUCGGUCAGCUCGAUGAUCCAGUCGUCGGCGGGCGGAGCACGACCCAACGAUGUGAGUGCCCAGAAGGACAUAGCGCGCAGUGCUCGCGAGGUGUCCGAGAAGGUGGCCCAGGUGCUGGCCGCCCUGCAGGCGGGCUCCCGAGGCACCCAGGCCUGCAUCAAUGCCGCCCACACGGUGUCCGGUAUCAUCGGCGACCUGGACACAACCAUUAUGUUCGCCACCGCGGGCACUCUGCACUCGGACGGGGAUGGCAGCUUUGCUGACCAUCGCGAGCACAUCCUGCAGACGGCAAAGGCCCUGGUGGAGGACACCAAGGUGCUGGUGACCGGAGCGGCUGGCACCCAGGAUCAGCUGGCCAAUGCAGCUCAGAAUGCGGUCUCAACCAUAACUCAAUUGGCUGAGGCAGUGAAGCGGGGAGCCUGCUCGCUGGGAUCCUCGCAACCCGAUUCCCAGGUCAUGGUCAUCAAUGCCGUCAAGGAUGUGGCUUCGGCCCUGGGCGAUUUGAUAAACUGCACCAAACUGGCCUCUGGCAAGUCCAUCAACGAUCCCUCCAUGCAGGAUCUUAAGGAGAGCGCCAGGGUGAUGGUGCUGAAUGUGUCCUCGCUGCUGAAGACUGUGAAGGCUGUGGAGGAUGAGCACACGCGCGGAACUCGCGCCAUGGAGGCCACCGUGGAAGCCAUCUCCCAGGAGAUUCGGGCCAUGCACACCACCCCACCGGUGGGCAAUACCCAGGUGGGACCCGAGGAACUGAUCCGAGUGACCAUGAAUGUGACGGCGGCCACAGCCAAGGCCGUUGCGGCCGGAACCUCCAAUCUGCAGGCCGACAUCGUGUCGGCCGCCAACCUUGGACGCCGUGCCAUCUCCGACAUGCUGAUCGUUUGCCGCUCGGUGGCCUGGAACUGUGCCGAAACGGAGGAGCUAAGAUCGCGCACUCUGGAGGCGGGCACAGCGGUUGGCGAGUCCUACCGCGACCUCCUCAGUGGCAUUCUGCACAGCUGCAGUGCCGACGAUCGCAUGCACUUGUCGCGACGCGUGGCCAAGUGCGUCACCGAUCUGGUGGCCAUGGCCAGGCUGCUCAAGGGUUCCGAUUGGAUCGAUCCCGAGGAUCCCACGGUCAUCGCCGAGAACGAACUGCUGGGCGCCGCUGCCUCCAUCGAUGCGGCGGCCAAGAAGCUGGCCUCACUGCGUCCACGUCGCCAGGCAGAUGUCAAGAUCGAGCUCGAUGAGAACAUGAAGUUUGACGAAAUGAUCCUGGAGGCCGCGAAGGGCAUCAUGGCAGCGUCGGCUGCUCUGGUGCGAGCUGCAAACGCCGCCCAGCGGGAACUCAUCGACACGGGCAAGGUGGCCCAUCGUCCGCUGACGAGCUCCGUGGAUGGCCAGUGGUCCGAGGGUCUAGUGUCGGCCGCUCGCCUCGUGGCUGCCGCCACGCACAGCCUGGUGGAGGCCGCCCAAAACCUGGUGCGCGGCGUGGGCACCGAGGAGAUGCUCAUCUCGACGGCCAAGCAGGUGGCCGCUUCCACGGCCCAACUGCUGAUUGCCUGCAAGGUGAAAUCGAAUCCCAACUCGGAGGCCGGACGUCGUUUGCAGGCCGCCGGCAAUUCGGUGAUCAAGUCCACCGACAACCUGGUGCAGGCCGCCCAACAGGGCCUGGAGGCGGAGGAGGAGCACUCGCUGCGCAUCAACACGUCGAUGGUGGACGGCAUGGCGCAGGAGAUCAACGCCCGGUCCGCCGUGCUGCGCAAGGAGAAGGAGCUGGCGGAGGCGCGCGAGCGUCUGAAGUAUGUGCGCCAGGCCAAGCGCUACGGCAAGAAUGGCCAGGGAUUCACCACGGACGAGAGUGAACCCGAGUACGCCUACGGAACGCUCAACAAGAGCCAGAACAAUACUUUGGGUCGCAGCGGUUACUACGGUUCCAGCGAAAUGCCCAGCUCGCCGAGCUACUUGUCCGGUGGCCAGCAGCAGCAGCAGCAGAAGCACCACUACAACUACGCCAGUCCGCAGCCGCAGCACUUCCAUCAUCCCGGAGCGGUGUCUCCGCCGCCGUCCAACUAUCCGCAGAUGGACGACGCCAACGGAGAUUUCCCGCCGCCGCCACCACCGCUGUCCACGACCAUUUCUAACAUGCAAACGGCCACGUCGGGUCACAGUUUUCGCCCUAAUCCCAAGCUAACAGCCAAUGCCGUGCCUCGACCCUAUCCGGGCAGUCCGGCGGGCGGCAGCAAUGGCCUAACCACCGCACCCACCACCUCGGGCACACCCACUAACACCAACUACCAGCAAAGCUUUGAGUCGUCGUCGAGCAUUAAAACGCUUAACUCAUCUCCACCGGCGGUGCCAAAGAAGCCCACUGCCAGCCGGAAUCUGGAGGCGUGUGUGCAGGAUCUGCACGACAAGACCUUUGGCCAGGGCGGCGUAGUGCAGCUGACGGGCGGAAAUGGCUAUCCAGGUCAAAGCUACGAGGGAUACACAUCCAGAUAUGAGACGCGAAACUUUGACAAGUCGGCCAACAACACCACCAGCAGCAGCAGUGAACUCGGCAUGGUCAAGCCCCUGGAGUCGAGCUUCUCGCAGAUGACCCUCAACACCGAUGGCGGCAAGAUCAGCAUUGUGGACCAGGGCUCGGAGCGACUCACCUCCAUGACACAGCGCGUGAUGGAGCGCAAGUCCUUCACCACAACAACGGAAUCCCGCUCGGAGACCAAGACGGAGAAGCAUAGUUUUCGAUUGGACUAGGCUCAGCUCUCCAGGCUGAGAGGCGAUUCUAGUUGCUUAAGUAAAUGUUCUAGCUUGGGACGAGCAUACGAGCAUAGGAGCAUGUCGAUGUUUGCCAAAAGUGCUUUUAACGUUUACACACACCCGUACACAUACUAAUAGAAGUAAUUUAAUAUUAAUUGUAAUUAGCCACUAGCGAAACUACAUCUAUAUGCCUCUACCCAUACCAUAUAAUCAGCCUAAUAUUAACAACCUAAUAUCGCUAUUCGAUCCUUCUAUGUUUUCGUAAAUCUGUGUUCUACGUGCUUAUCUGCCAUUUAAUUGCCAAUAUAUAUCGAUACACGAUGCGAACCUCUUGAAAUUCAACGAAAUUACAAUUAACCCUUAAUGAGCGUAACACUUACAAAAAUUGGUUCUUCACUUUGUUGUUAUUUCGAUGCAAUUUAUUACUGUGCACUAAACAUGGAAUAUUAUUUUCUAACGUAAGAAACCUCUUGUUUUGUCAACGAUACGUAGAAUAGUCAAUCUAUGUUCUACGGUUAAUUUUUAUUUCUCUUUGUAUAUACGUACGUAUGCGAGUCGUGUAUGCAGUUGCAUAUUUUAAUUGUGUAUUUUUUGUAAAUUAAUAAAAACAAAAUAUAAUACUUUAA